UUGGGGAAAAAAAACUAAUAAGGAUGGAAGAAGUUAACGACAAGAACGACGCUAGGCAGGGGAUGGGAAAACAAUUAUCGGAUGACUGGCAGCAAGGGAGUUUCUUAGUUUCUUGCAUGGAAGAAAUGUAUGACCGGAGUCUCUGGACUGAUGUCAAGUUUCAUUGUAAAGAUCACGAGGAAGAAGAAACAAUUCAAGCGCAUAAAAUUGUCCUAGCGGCACGAAGCCCCGUGUUCCAGGCGAUGUUUUAUGGACCAUGCGCUAAUGGGAAAAACGAGGUUGAACUGAAAGAUACAGAAAAAGACAUAUUUCUUUUAUUACUGAGGUACAUAUACAGCGACACUGUAACAUUGUGUCAGGAAAAUGUUUUUGCGCUUCUGGAAAUGGCUCACUUUUACCAAGUUUCAAGCCUUGUACAGUUCUGCACUGACUACUUGGCCACCGUUAUAACACUAGAUAAUGCUUGCGAAACUUUAACAUUUGCAACGUUUUACAAACUUACAAGUUUAAAAGAUGCAUGUUGUUCUUUCAUUGACAAUCAUGCAGAACAAGUUCUGAAAUCGGAGGGAUUUAUGAAUUUAUCGGACGACUGUCUCCUCUACAUUCUGAAAGGUGAUACUCUUUAUGCCAAAGAGGAAGACAUUCUAGAAGCGGCAGAGAAAUGGUCAAAAAAUAAAGCCAAAGGAAGUGGGAUGGAAGAAAAUGGCACAAACAUUCGUAAAUUGCUCGGUGGCUCGUUUUACUACUUGAGAUUACCAACAUUGACUCCCAAAGCGUUGCUGGAAUAUACUAGUAGAAAAGGUUAUUUUUCUACCGAAGAAUAUGCAGAUAUUUCGGCUUUUACCAACAAUGUCCCUGAUAUAUACGUUUCCACCAAUUCUUGCGUAGCACGGUUACCUGAGAAAGAAACAGUUAUAGUAAAUCCUCAAGACGGAGAACUGAGGACUUUUGAGGGCAUUAACAUUUCAUUUGAGGUUUCAGUAUCAAGGAAUGUGUUGCUUUUAGGUGUUGUCCUGGGUGAAAUCAAUCCUUACUUGAAAAACACCAAAGCUAUCUACACACAAGAGGGUAUUGGGUCAAAAUUUGUUGGAAACAUUCGCGAUGACUCAUUAGGUAAUUCAAAAUUAGAGUGCUUUUCCUACGUAAAUAAGGCGAUACAAAUUUCAGCAGAGAAGAGACUAAGAUAUACGUAUUUCCACGUUACAGAGUUGGAAAAAUUGGAUGCAUUUGCACUUCCAGACAAUCUCCGCCUUGACCUAUCAGGCAGUAUCAGCAUUAACGGCCUUGACAGUAGGCAGACGUUUGAGUUACAACAGUUACAACCUGAAGUCGGAGAAGUAAGUCUUAACCAGCCGACAUUGCUCGAAAAGAUGAAAAGUCCAUAUAUCGUUAAUUUCGACCUUCGAUAUAACGGUAAUAGUGAUUUACAGAUGAAGGCUCAAUGCUGUAAAAGCGAAGAAAGUAUCUCCAGCGAAACUGGAAGCAUUCAAAUACGUAGUCUACACGGAUCUUUUGCAGGAAUCAACACGAUCAGGUUUAUGAACUAUUCUAACCGUAAUAGACGGGACACGGAUCCUAAAGCAUGUGUCUAGGACUAUAGAGACACCUGACGAUGUUAGAUACCCCAAUCAGACCGAGUGUGCUGCCAUUAUACUAGGAUACUGUAGUGCCCUAGGAAUGGGUGGCCUUGAUUUUUAAUCAUUUUAUCAUUUGUGUUUACAUUACAUCUCAGUGUUACAUAGAUUAUGUACAUGUACGAUACAUGCCCGGUGUUUUUUAAUGAGAGGAUUUUAUCUAUUGUAAAUGAUCUUUCAGUUUCAUGUGGCAGUCACCUUUGUUUCUAGGAUAGGAACUGAUUUAAACCGAUACUUGUGCAUGUCAACUCAUUUUAUUGAUGUAAAUCCUGUUUAUUUUUACUACACAUGUUGUUGAUAUAAUACUGUUAGCCAUUUGUCGCUUUGCA